AUGAGGCACCGCGACCUCGGCCCAGAGCAGGAGAAGGAACGGGUGGGACUACCUUCUGACUCACAGAGGGUAACUGGACCAUCGACUAGUAUUGAAAAAUUUCCCUCCAUGGCUAACCUCAUGAGGUGGCAUACGUACCUAAAUGGAUUCGUGCAGACUUGUGGUGGCAUCAUUCUCAACAACAGAUCUGUUCUUACUGCUGCUCACUGUGUAGCUGGUGACAGCAUUAACCAGUGGCGUAUUUUUAUUGGCUCUUCAUUUUCUCACCCAGCUCAUAACGACCGACAAACUCACCCGGUUAACCGAUUCAUCAUUCAUCCUUUGUACACCUCCAGAACCUUAGACCAUAACAUUGCUAUCCUGCACUCUGCUGCAACCUUUACCUUCAGUAACAGAGCCACUCCUGCUUCUAUAGCAGGUCCUAACUAUAACGUUGCAGACAACCAAAGCGUCUGGGCUGUUGGAUGGGGCGGAAAUUACGGUUUUCCAUGUGCGGAGCCACGAUCUCUGACUAAUAUGCAUGAGAGACGACCUAUACCUGACUUUUUGAAUGAAGUCGAGCAAGUUAUUAUUAACCAGAACAUAUGCAGAAACAACUAUGCGGCUCGUAACAUCGCCAUCACUGAUAACAUGUUGUGUAGCGGCUGGCAUACUAAUGGAAACGGACAUUGUGAUGAAGACUCUGGUGGUCCUCUCUACCAUAAUGGUGUGGUUGUCGGUGUCUUCACGUUCAGCAUCGGUAUAGCUCAAGCCAACUUCCCCAGUGUCCACACUCCCGUCCCCACGAAUUCCCAGAGGAUUGCGGGUGGUCAUAAUAUUGCCCGCUAUCCCAGCGUUGCUUCCCUCCUCUACACACCGAACUGGAGCCAGUACACGCAAGUGUGUGUUGGCACCAUCCUCAACAACAGAUCCAUCUUAACAGCUGCCCAUUGCAUUGCUGGUGGUGCUGUUUACAAUUCAAAUCAGCACAUUAUUCAUCCAUCAUUCAACGCUGACACCUUGGAUAACGACAUCGCUAUACUGCGCUCCGCUACUGCAUUCUCCUUUAACAACGCAGCUCGAGCUGCAAGCAUCGCUGGCUCAAACUAUCACCUUCCUGAAAAUAGAUACGUUUGGGCGGCUGGAUGGGGCGUCACGAACCAAGGUUCAAGCUCCGGGUCUGAGCAGCUCCGUCACGUCCAGCUUGAGACUAUCAGCCAGAACACUUGCAGAAACAACUACGCUAACUGGGGUGUCACUAUUACUGACAACGUAGUGUGUGCUGGCUGGAACUUUGGAGGUCGUGGCCAGUGUCAGGGCGACGCUGGUGGCCCCCUCUACCACAACGGUGCCGUUGUUGGUGUCUACUCUUUCAGUCUGGGAUGCGGCGAAGCUAACUACCCAGGAAUUAAUACUCGCAUUUCUAGUUACACCUCCUGGAUAUCAUCAAAUGCCUAAAUAAUAUGUGUCUUUUUAGUAUUUCUCGCCAAAUAGGUGACGGAAUUCUAAC